GGGCGCGGGGCCAGGGAGGCCGAGCCGCGGGAGCCUGGGUGGAGAGGCGGACUGGGCGAGGUGGGGCAUGGCGGGGGAAGUGACUCAGGGCCAGAGGCGGCAGGCCCACGGAAGGUGGGGUCGGGGGGCGCGGGGACUGGGCGACCCUGAACCGACGGGACAGGACGAGGUUGCCGGAGCACUCGAGGCGGACCACGAGUGACGGCCCAGCUGCUGGGCCCAACGGGGCAGGGGUCUGACAUCUGGACGGAGUGGGAAAGCAGCCUCGCAUCCUGCCCUGGGGAGUCGGGAGGAGCCCAGUCCCAUCCAGCUGUGCAAACAGGAGGAGGAGGUGGUCCCAAGCCUACCCUUGAGAGGGGCAAGAGGGGUGGUCAAGCCGCCGCCGCCGCGACGGCCCCCGCGGUGCGGGUUGCGCCAGCCUCCUCGGAGCUCGACGCAGAAACUUGUUGCAACAAACAGGCGACCGCGGGUGCCCCUAGCAGCCAGCGGCAGAGUGGGUGGGCGGGUGAGAGGGAGGGGAAGGCUGGCGGACGCCGCAGCGAACUGGUGGGCAGACCCGGAGUCGCCGCGUAAGCGGGGCCGGCUCAGUGCGGUGCGGCAGGCGCGGCUGUGCGGCAGCGGAAGUCCUUUGUUGCAGCACAGUCCCUGGCAGAGCCAGAGCCUCUCCGCGCAGCCCAGCCCGAGCGCCGAGUGCCGCGCGCCGCCGCCACUGCAGCUCGCGGCCCCUUCGCCUCCGCCCGCCUUUCCCGCGGCUGAUUUCCCUUAAACUCCCUAAAAUCUCCGCAGCUCUGAUUCCUGUUGCGGCCGCAUGAUGCCUUCUUCUGUAGAGUGGGCGCUUUGCAGAAUACGUGUUGAAUGAAAUCACUGAUCUAGGAAAAGUAAAAAUUCCUCAAAUGAAUAUAGAAUACUUGUGCUACUGCUGAUGAUCAACACUUUAUACAGUGCCUGGUAUACCAAAGGUCUCUAAUUAACAGAAGAUGGCAAAGCCCAGCCACAGCAGCUAUGUCCUUCAGCAGCUAAACAACCAAAGAGAAUGGGGUUUUCUCUGUGACUGCUGUAUUGCAAUUGAUGACAUUUACUUUCAAGCACACAAGGCAGUUCUAGCUGCCUGUAGCUCCUAUUUUAGAAUGUUUUUCAUGAACCAUCAGCAUAGUACUGCACAACUGAAUCUCAGCAACAUGAAAAUUAGUGCAGAAUGUUUUGAUCUCAUUUUGCAGUUUAUGUAUUUAGGAAAAAUUAUGACAGCUCCCUCCAGUUUUGAGCAGUUUAAAGUGGCAAUGAACUACCUACAGCUAUACAAUGUUCCUGACUGUUUAGAAGACAUCCAGGAUGCAGAUUGUUCUAGUUCAAAAUGUUCCUCUUCUGCGUCCAGCAAACAGAACAGCAAAAUGAUAUUUGGGGUAAGAAUGUAUGAAGAUACUGUGGCUCGAAAUGGCAAUGAAGCCAACAGGUGGUGUGCAGAGCCAAGUUCAACGGUGAAUACACCACAUAAUAGAGAGGCUGAUGAAGAGUCUUUACAAUUAGGUAAUUUUCCUGAGCCACUAUUUGAUGUAUGUAAAAAAAGUUCCGUGUCCAAAUUAUCUACUCCAAAAGAACGUGUGUCAAGACGCUUUGGGCGGAGUUUUACCUGUGAUAGCUGUGGAUUUGGCUUUAGCUGUGAAAAAUUAUUAGAUGAGCAUGUGCUAACCUGUACUAACAGACAUUUAUACCAAAACACAAGAUCUUACCAUAGAAUAGUAGAUAUUAGAGAUGGAAAAGACAGUAACAUCAAAGCUGAAUUUGGUGAAAAAGAUUCUUCCAAAACAUUUUCUGCACAGACGGACAAAUACAGAGGAGACACAAGCCAGGCUGCUGAUGAUUCAGCUUCAACCACUGGAAGCAGAAAAAGUAGCACAGUGGAGUCUGAAAUAGCCAGUGAAGAGAAAAGCAGAGCUGCUGAGAGGAAAAGGAUUAUUAUUAAGAUGGAGCCAGAAGAUAUUCCUACAGAUGAACUGAAAGACUUUAACAUUAUUAAAGUUACUGAUAAAGACUGUAAUGAAUCCACUGACAAUGAUGAAUUAGAAGAUGAACCUGAAGAGCCAUUUUAUAGAUACUAUGUUGAAGAAGAUGUCAGCAUAAAAAAAAGUGGUAGGAAAACUCUAAAACCUCGAAUGUCAGUAAGUGCUGAUGAAAGAGGUGGUUUAGAGAAUAUGAGGCCCCCUAACAACAGCAGUCCAGUACAAGAGGAUACUGAAAAUGCAUCUUGUGAGCUGUGUGGACUUACAAUAACCGAGGAGGACCUGUCAUCUCAUUACUUAGCCAAACACAUUGAAAAUAUCUGUGCAUGUGGUAAAUGUGGACAAAUACUUGUAAAGGGUAGGCAGCUUCAGGAACAUGCUCAACGAUGUGGCGAGCCCCAAGAUCUGACCAUGAAUGGGUUAGGAAAUACUGAGGAGAAAAUGGACUUGGAAGAGAAUCCUGAUGAGCAGUCCGAAAUAAGAGAUAUGUUUGUUGAAAUGCUGGAUGAUUUUAGGGACAAUCAUUACCAGAUAAACAGUAUCCAAAAAAAGCAGUUAUUUAAACAUUCUGCCUGCCCUUUUCGAUGUCCUAAUUGUGGCCAGCGUUUUGAAACUGAAAAUCUAGUGGUUGAACAUAUGUCUAGCUGCUUAGAUCAAGAUAUGUUUAAGAGUGCCAUCAUGGAAGAAAAUGAAAGAGAUCACAGACGAAAGCAUUUUUGUAAUCUGUGUGGAAAAGGAUUUUAUCAGCGGUGUCACUUAAGAGAACACUAUACUGUUCAUACUAAGGAAAAACAGUUUGUUUGUCAAACAUGUGGAAAGCAGUUUUUAAGAGAGCGUCAGUUGCGACUGCACAAUGAUAUGCACAAAGGCAUGGCCAGGUAUGUCUGUUCCAUUUGUGAUCAAGGAAACUUCAGAAAACAUGACCAUGUACGGCAUAUGAUUUCUCAUUUAUCUGCUGGUGAGACUAUAUGCCAGGUCUGCUUUCAGAUAUUCCCAAAUAAUGAACAGUUGGAGCAGCACAUGGAUGUUCAUCUGUAUACAUGUGGAAUAUGUGGAGCAAAAUUUAAUUUGAGGAAAGAUAUGAGAUCACAUUAUAAUGCCAAGCAUUUGAAAAGAACCUAAGUGAUUUUCUACUGUACUAAUGUUUAGAUGAUAGCAGAUAAAACACCAAAGCAAAGGAUAUGAGCUAUUUAGGAAUUGAUUAUAUAAGAUGAUUUGUUAGAAACAAAUUUCAAGGCCCUUUUAACUUUAAUAUUUUUGUUUAGGAUUUUAAGUAUCUACAUUUAGGUAUUAAAUGUUUAUCAUUUUUGUUGUUUCUUAAUAGAAUUAUUUGUUUUUAGUUUUUCUUAGCUAUGAUUAAAAUUUUUAAAUGUAGACUACAAGUGGUUGUUACCCAUUCAAUGACUAUUAAACUUUAGUUUUUCAUCAAUAAGGUGAUGACUUCACUAUUUCUAUGUGUUUUUUUUUUAAGGUUAUCCUGUGAAAUUUUAAACCCAGAAUCAUUGGCCAUUUCUGUUUAAAUUUUUAAAAUUCUUAAGUAAUUAUUUGAAACUAUCCCAUUCGCUUUUAGUGAGUUAACUACUCUUUAUUCCCCCUUAUUAAUGAAAUUCAUAUUCUUAAAUUGACAAGCUUAUUAGGCAAGUUAGGUGCACUGAAUCUAACCUUUAAGGUUGACAUGGGCUCAAACUUGGCCUAAAAAGAUUGAUGAACCUGAGGAAAUUUUUAUAAAUGAAUAUUUCUUACAAUUGAUAAAAUAUUAUCAUUUAAUUAUCACAUUUAAAACUUAUAUUAAGUGUAAAUUCCAGUGGCUUUACCUCACUUGAAAAAUUAGUGGGGAUAAGCCAUUUUGUUUUGUGAUAUUAAAUUUAACUAUGAUAGUUAAUUAAAAAGACAUAUCUUGUAUUCAUUAAAAAUAUUUUAAUUUAAAAUAUUCUGAUUUCUAAAGUGUGUUAGCUUAUCAAUUAUUUUUGUUUAUAAAUAGACUUUAAUAGCUCUCUAAGAAUAUGACCUCUAAAGGAAAAGAUGAUUUUUUACAAUACAUACUUUUGGAACUUUGAGAUUUGAGAAAGCUUCCAUGUAUAUUGAUAAAUCUAAUAAAAUAAAGAGAUCAAUUAUAAACCUGGUUGUUCUAUAAAAGUAGAGUGCACAAAAAAAUGUCUUGUGUUUUAUACUGUCUAAGAUUUGGAGGAAAUGUGGCAAAUUGCAGUUUAUCGCCAUAUUUUAUUAUUUUUUUCUGUAAAAGACUAUAAAACUUGAGGAUUAUAAAAUAAUCACAGAGUAUAUCAAUGGAAACAGUUUAUCAUUUUUUCAGUUAAAGUAGUAUUAUUGUUAGUUGUUGCUGACACAGGGUCUACAUAAUUACAUGUGAAUUAAAACAUUGGCAAAACUGACCCACCAAUAAACACAUCUAUUGAAUAGAA